UGAGUCUUAUAUAAAACAAUCACUUAUCGCGUGGUGCGACUUCGUCGAGCGUACUCGCCGCUAGUGAUUCCGUUUCGUUUAGAUUAACACGUAUGUUACACUUUGUGGACUCUUGAUCAACGAUCGGGCUGUCGGGACUGUACAAUCGCCUGUAAUAGUGAGCAUGAAAUUCGCGUAGCGUUGCCCGAGGGACAAUACUUCUCGUUCUCCAUCCGUGCCCGACGAAUCGCGUUUAUAUUUAAUCUUUCGAGCAAAACACGACUAUGUCCGCAUCACCCAUCGCAAGGCAGGCCACCCAGAGCCAAAACAUACCAUCGAAACGGAUCGUUAUCAAUGAUUCCAGUCAAUUGCCGCACGAUUAUUCGACCACCCCUGGUGGAACGCUUUUCUCAACCACUCCCGGAGGGACUCGUAUAGUUUACGAGCGCGACUUCUUGAUGAAUUUACGAAACUCUCCGAUAUCGCGAACGCCACCGCGGAACAUGCCGUCGGAAUUGUUGAAGAAUCCGACGUCCAACACGGCGGCAGUAAAAAAUCAAAUCAACAAAGAUGCUCCAAUAAUUGAGGAAUGUGCGGAACAGUUCGAGAUGGACAUGUAAGAAAUUGUGAUGACGAUGAUGCGAUCGUAUUGUGCCAGACGUUUUUUAAUUAAUAGUAAUGAGCCACGAUUGCAAUAUAUCAUUUUUACACAAGUAUAUCAGGGGCCUUAAAUAGACUAAGCAUUUUUACAAUUAAAAACGUAUUCAACGUAAUUGUUAAGAGUCCGUCGUCUCCAGACCCACAGAUUUCAAACGAAUGUAAUACGUUUUUAUUACGAUGUUUCGUAUGUGUACAUUUACUUGGCACAAAUAAAUGAUAUUUUGAUAA